AUGAAAAAGGACAAAAUAUUGGAUGAUAUCCAGAUAGUUGAGACGUUUUCAAAUUGUGACUCCUUCGACAAUCUAGAUAGACUAGGUUGCGGUGUCCAUUUGACGAUUCCUAGCGGAGAGAUAGAAACUAAAGAGUUUGUAAAAGAAAUUGAAUGCCACGAAUGUAGCCACUCAUCCUUGACGAAUAAUACACAGUCGAUAUCGACUUGCAAAGACAUUUACUGCAAGAUGAAAAUAUCUAAUCUAGAAGCAAUGGUUAGAUUACUAGAGAUGCAAAACUCUCAACUUAUCGUAAAUAUGUGUGCCUUAUACAAUACCAUGGUACAACACAUCGAGAAUUUGGAAAAGGCAAACAAAUAA